UCCAGGUAAAAUGGGUUUACGAGACGCUAUCGUCAUCGCGGUAUUGCUAUCGCAAUCCCUAUGCCAAGCUCGCAUUGGCCUUGGCAUGUCUCUUCUCCAAGGACUUCUAUCAUCAAACCCUCAGCUGGCCAAUAUGCUAUCCAAUAAGUUAAUACAGAAACAAAGUUUAAUAGUGAAUACACCAAAAUUACCUGUCACAGCUUCUCAGUAUAUGACAUCGGUACCUGUAACAGCUAGUCAGUAUGCCGCUCCGGUACUAACUUCACAAUAUGGACCAGUGUAUCAGAGUCAGAAAAGUCAAGUUAGCCAGACGACGAAGGUUGACUAUCCUACUCAAUAUGUGUAUCAGAAUGUACAGAAAGAGCCCCAAAAAGAAAUGAAAUACCAAGUACAAACCCAACAAACAUAUCCAGUAUCCUACUCCACUGUACAACAGACAACUCAAAGUUACCCAGAAAAACCUAACCCUUUCGUCGCUCCAGCAUCAAUGGUUAACCCUUUUUUGCCAGCAGCAUCGCCCAUGUCAGCCCUCUGCCCCCCCACUUCUAGUAUAUUACCACCAGCUGAUCCUAGAUUAGCUAGAAGCCAGUUUUUAAGAAAGAUUCCUAUACCUCCACCUUGCUUGUAAGUUAUUGUAAUGCUAUUUAUUUUGUUGUAAUAAAUAAUUGUUAUUU